AUGGCUCUGAACAUACUCACCUCCGUCCGCCUUUCAUCUGGCUACAGUAUGCCCCUCCUCGGUCUCGGAGUGUUCAAGAGCAAUGAUACGCUUUCCGCGUCCCUUGCUGCGCUCGCGCACGGGUAUAGGCACAUCGACUCUGCGCGCAUGUAUGCUAACGAAGACCUGGUCGGUCAGGCCGUGAGGGAGAGCGGCGUCCCCCGCGGCGAGGUUUUCAUCACGACGAAGAUCCACCAGGAGCACGGGUACGAGAGCACGCUGCGCGCUGUCGACUCGUCGCUUCAACGGCUCGCAUUCGAUUAUAUCGAUCUGUACUUGAUCCAUAGCCCGUUAUCGGGGAGAGAGCGCCGCCUCGAGACAUGGCGUGCGCUCUUGACGGCGCGGGACGAGGGCAAAGUGCGCACCGUCGGGGUAUCUAACUACGGCGUGAAACACUUAGAGGAGAUCCGCGAGAUGGGCCUCGAGACGCCUGCGGUGAAUCAGAUCGAGCUGCACCCAUUCUGCCAGCAGAAGCCGAUUGUCGAUUAUUGCAGAAAGCACGGCAUCGUCGUGCAAGCGUACUGCCCGCUCGUCCGCGGUGCAUUUGACAACCCUGUCUUGCAGGAAGUGGCACGCAAGUACAACAAAGAGGCCCCGCAGAUACUUGUCCGAUGGUCCCUCCAACAUGGCUUCAGUCCACUGCCCAAGUCGGCUCAGCCUGCGCGGGUCGUGUCCAACGCGAACUUGUACGAUUUUGAGAUUGCGCCGGAGGACAUGGCUCGUCUGGACGCGUUAGAUAAGGGACCGGAUGGCGCGAUAAGCUGGAACCCGGUUAAUGCGGAGUAG